GGUACCACUGCGAUUUAACUUUUAAAAGGCGCGAAUUUAUAUACUUGGUUAUGUUAAAGAAAAAAAAAAUAAUAAAUAGUAACAGUAUAUAUGUAUGCUACGAUUUAAUAAGUUUGUUAAAUUUAAUAGCAUAAGAAAAAUAGAAUUAUAGAAGUAACUGUACUAUUAAAAUAAGUUUUUUUAACACCGCAAUGGAUAACUCAUCGGAUGAAUUGCCUGCUUCAAGAAAAAGACAACAUUCUUCGCCUUCUUCAAUAAACAAUGAACACGAUUUAAAGAGAACAAAAGUUGAUGAUAUAGAAAAUAUUACAAAUGUUAAUGUUUGCGAUGAUUCUGAGCAACAAGAAGAAAACACGCUCAAAACUGAGCUAUUAAAUACAACAGAAAGUGAAUUGAAAACAGAUAUUUCUCGGCAGGACAUUAAGGAAUGUAAAAAUCUAGGUGAAGAGAACAAACAAAAUUGUGAAGAUGCUAUUGGAAGUGCAUCUGAGAACAGCAUAGAUAAUAAACUAGAAGAUAAGUUACAAACUAAGAAUAAUUCAGAAACUAAUGAAAUUGUAGCAUUUAGAAAUCUUGCAAUUGAAGAAAAAAAUGAAGAACAUGUAGAUGAGACCAAAAUAAUCAAUUUAAUUAGUACUAAGGACCAAAUCAGAGAAGAGAAAAAUAGAGAAAACAUUGCCUUGGAAAAAAAUAAAAAUGAAGAAGGAGGAGAAAAACAAACAAUUCCAACUGAUAACAAUGAAUCUAUAGAGAAUCAAAACUCUCCCAAGGAAACUAAUGAUCCAGUUGAAUAUGUAAUAUCAGAUAGUGAUGAGGAAGUGACAAAGUCAAGUGAAUCAAACACCCCAACUAAAAUGAAAUCAGAUUUAUCUGCCAAAAAGCUAACGCCUAAGCAGUUGAAACGAAAACUGGCACAUGAAAAAAGGAAACAAGAAAAGCAGAAAGAAAAAGAAGAGAGAAUGAAAAGGAGAUUGGAAGAACAAUUAAAAAGAAAGGAGGUCAAAGACAAGGAGCAGAAAGAAAAAGAAUUAAAGAAAAAAGAACUGGAAAAGGAAAGAGAAUUGAAAAAGAAAGAAAAAGAAGAAAGGGAGGAAAAAAAGCGCAAAGAAAAAGAAGAAAAGGAACAGAAAAGAAAAGAGAAAGAAGAAAAAGAAGAGCAAAAGCGUAAAGAACGUGAAGAAGAAAAACUGAAAAAAUUACAAGAAAUUGAAGAAAAAAACAGAGAGAAAUUGAAAGAAGAAGAGAAGAAACAAAAAGCAGCUGCCGCCUUUGUGAAUUUUUUUGUUCCUAAAAAAACUGAUGAUGCCCAAGACAUCAAAAAAACACAAACUUCAAACUUUUUACAGUUUGAAGUUAAAUCAGACAUGAAGUUGCCUUUACCCAGAAGGGAUUACUUGACAAAAGAACAAAAGGAUCAAUUGGAUUUGUAUUUAGAAAACCAAGAUACUGAAUCAUCAUACUUAAAGGAUCUCUCUUCUGGAAAAAUUAUUGGGAAAAGCCUUAAGACCUGGCCUUAUGAAGAAUCAACAGAAGAUGAUGUAGUUAUUGUGGAUUUAGGAGAAUCAAUUUUUGAAGAGAAGUCGCAAAAAUAUAGAGGAAAAUUUUUGUACUUCCAUGAAAACCGCAGACCGGCAUAUUAUGGUACUUGGAGGAAAAAGAGUACAGUAAUCAAACCACGUAAACCUUUUGCGGAAGACCAAAAAGUUUUUAACUAUGAAGAAGAUUCAGACGAUGAUUGGGAAGAGGAAGAACAAGGAGAAUCCCUCAACGCUUCUGAAGAUGAGGCUGAAAAAGAAAAUGAAGAUGAAAAAGAUGAUUAUGAAGUAGACAACGAAUUUUUUGUUCCACACGGCCAUUUAAGUGAUGAUGAAAUAGAUGAUGAGGAAAUGGCGCGAUUAUCACCAGAAUCUCUAAAACAAAAACUCAUGCUAUUGAAAGAAGAAUUUGAUCACGAUAUGCAAUCUAAGACACACAAAUUGAAGCCUCGAUCGAUCGGUUGUAUUUGGUACAAUAAAGAUAGCAGUAAUGUAGAAGAAGCUGUAGACAGAUAUUUACAACCUUUGGCAAUAAUUUCCCGUAAUCAAAUAAUUAUUAAAAAGAGAGAUGAUAUCCUAUUAGUUAAAGAAAAAAAGAAAAUAAUUAAAGAACUAGAUUCGGAAUUAAUUCCUAGGUUCUUAAAGAUGAUUCAUGGUAGUUCAUGUAAGAAGAGUGUCCUAGUAGAUAAAUUUUUAACUGCAGUGGAAAAUAAUGGAAAUAUAACUCAAGUUUCUAAAAGAAUGUUAGUCAGGACUAUAAGGAAAUACGCCAAUUGGGAAAAAUACAGAGAUGAGGAAACAAAAAGAUUCAAGUUUCGUUGGUGUGUUAAUCAAGAUAUGAGAGAAAAAUAUGAUUUAACAAAAGUUAAAGAUGAUUGUAGGUAGGGUAGAAGUAUUGUAUCUUAAGCUUUGAUCAAGUCGAAAUAUAAAUAAUUACAGGAGAGAAAAUAUUAAUUGUUACUGUCCAUUUUUAUAUAAAAACAACUUUUGCAAAUAAAACUGUUGUAUAGACAA